AUGAGGUCUUAUACUCUAGCAACCACUGUCGUCGCCUCUGCGAUCUUGCUUGGCACUACACAAGCCCAGCUGCUGCCAUUCUUCGCCAAACCUUCGCCAUCCGUCCAAGCGAACCACAACCAACAGCAACAGCCUCUAGUCCGCCCUGGCAUCCAAAUGCCUCAGGACGACUCUCCCGUGAAGGAGCCUCCACCACCACAAGGCGACAUUAUCCUCUCCGACGUCCUCGGCACACAACGAACCAUCAAUAUCUUUGCGGGCUUCACCAGAGACAUAACCACUCUCUCAACCCGCCUAGACACAAGUCUCCUCAACACUACCGUGCUCGCACCUUCCAAUAGCGCAAUACAGAAUCUACCACGAAAGCCAUGGGAGUCACCAGCAGACUACGAUAAGAUUGGCGCCAAGGCCUACGGCGGAAAUGAUGGCAGUGCAAGGGCGCAGGAGAAUCUAAAGAAGUUCUGCGAAGCGCAUAUCGUGCCACAAUCGCCGUGGAAAGAGGGGGAGAAAGUCAAGACGUUGGCUGGUGAUGAGGUGUGGUGGGAGAGUACAGGGCCAGGCGGGAAAGCAGUGGUUAUGCCCGGGAAGGUGGAGGUGGAAAAGGUGGUUAGUCGCGUUGCUAAUGGAGAGGUGUGGAUGCUUGGAAGUGUUUUGAAUUAUGCGCAAUAA